GCGGAUGCCAGCCACGAGGGCAUCAUGGUGCCCACGAAGGACGGUGCCAGCGUCGACCUCCUCACCUGGGCCACCAGGAACGGUCACAGUGAAGUCGAGCAAUUCCUCACCGAGAAGGAGGGCGCCCAGAUUGCCGAGACCCCUCAGCCAGCCUCAGAGGAGGAAGGAGGCCAAGAAGAGGCAGCUGUAACAGAAACAGAAACUGAUGCAAAGGAAGAAGGGAAGGAGGAAGAUGAUGCAAGAGAAGAAGGCGACGGGGCUGAGGAUACAACGGAAGCAGUAGAAGGCGCAGGAGGAGAGGAACCACCAGCUGAUCCUCCAGCCGAUGAAAGUGCAGAGGCUGGUGAAUCCCCGCCCGAAGGAGAGGACGCGGAAGGUGCCGACGCCACAAACGGAGACGCAACAGAAGAAGGCGAAGUAACGGAAGGAGGCGAUACGACAGAAGUUACUGACGCAGUGGAAGGCGGAGAAGCUGAGCCAGCUGCUGAGGGAGACGCUGGAGGCGGUGGUGAAGACGCCGACGACGGUGGUGGCGGAGAAAAUACUGUCGAAGAAUAGGCCUGAUCAUCUGAGCCGGAUUAUGAAAUGAUGUUUCGUCUUGCAAAGGAUUCUGUAAAACCUGAACUGAACUUACGAACAAGGAACGAAAAAAGAGU